AUGACAGCCGGCACAGCAGCUGGUGCAACUAAUGAAGGCACCACAACAGCUUAUACAGAAAUUGAAUAUACUAUACUAGUAAAUAUAACAGCAGAAGGCACUACACAAGCUGAUACAACCACAGAAGAUACUAUACUAGUAAAUACAACAACUGAAGACACUACGCAGACUGAUACAUCAACAGAAGAAACUACAGCUGAUACCACUGAAGAAUCUACACAAGCUGAUACAACUGAAUAUACUAUACUAGUUAAUACAAAAAUAGAAGACACUACACAGGCUGAUACAACAACAGAAGAAACUAUACCUGAUAGCACUGAAGACACUACACAAGUUGAUACAACAGCUGAGGAAACCACACAAGCUGAUACAACAACUGAAUAUACUAUACUAAUUAAUACAAGAAUAGAAGACACUACACAGGCUGAUACAACAACAGAAGAAACUAUGACUGAUACCACCGAAGAAUCUACACAAGCUGAUGCAACUGAAUAUACUAUACUAGUUGAUACAACAAUUGAAGACACUACACAGGCUGAUACAACAACUGAAGAAUCUAUACUAGUUGAUACAACAAUUGACACUACACAAGCUGAUAAAACAACUGAAUAUACUGUACUAGUUAAUACAAUAAUAGAAGACACUACACAGGCUGAUACAAGAACAGAAGAAACUACAGCUGAUACCACUGAAGAAUCUACACAAGCUGAUACAACAACAGAAGAAACUAUGACUGAUACCACCGAAGAAUCUACACAAGCUGAUACAACUGAAUAUACUAUACUAGUUAAUACCAGAAUAGAAGACACUACACAGGCUGAUACAACAACUGAAGAAUCUACACAAGCUGAUACAACCACUGAAGACACUACACAAGCUGAUACAACAACUGAGGAAACCAAACAAGCUGAUACAACAACUGAAUAUACUAUACUAAUUAAUACAAGAAUAGAAGACACUACACAGGCUGAUACAACAACAGAAGAAACUAUGACUGAUAUCACCGAAGAAUCUACACGAGCUGAUACAACUGAAUAUACUAUACUUGUUAAUACCAGAAUAGAAGACACUACAGCAGCUGAUACAACCACUGAAGAAUCUACACAAGCUGAUACAACCGCUGAACACACUACACAAGCUGAUACAACAACUGAGGAAACCACACAACCUGAUACAAGAACUGAAGAAAUUUCACCUGAUACCACUGAAGAAUCUACAAAAGCUGAUACAACAACUGAAUAUACUAUACUAAUUAAUACAAGAAUAGAAGACACUACACAGGCUGAUACAACAACUAAAGAAACUACACAAGCUGAUACAACCACUGAAGAAUCUACACAAGCUGAUACAACCAAUGAAGACACUACACAAGCUGAUACAAGAACUGAAGAAAUUUCACCUGAUACCACUGAAGAAUCUACACAAGCUGAUACAACAACUGAAUAUACUAUACUAAUUAAUACAAGAAUAGAAGACACUACACAGGCUGAUACAACAACUGAAGAAUCUAUACUAGUUGCUGAUACAACAGCAGAAAUAACUACAUCAGCUUAUACAAUAACACAAGCUGAUACAACUGAAUAUACUAUACUAGUUAAUACCAGAAUAGAAGACACCACACAGGCUGAUACAACAACUGAAGAAUCUACACAAGCUGAUACAACCACUGAAGACACUACACAAGCUGAUACAAGAACUGAAGAAAUUUCACCUGAUACCACUGAAGAAUCUACACAAGCUGAUACAACAACUGAAUAUACUAUACUAAUUAAUACAAGAAUAGAAGACACUACACAGGCUGAUACAACAACUGAAGAAUCUAUACUAGUUGGUACAACAAUAAAAGACACUACACAGGCUGAUACAACCACUGAAGAAUCUACACAAGCUGAUACAACCACUGAAGACACUACACAAGCUGAUACAACAACUGACUAUACUAUACUAGUUAAUACAAGAAUAGAAGACACUACACCAGCUGAUACAACAACUGAAGAAUCUACACAAGCUGAUACAACCACUGAAGAAUCUACACAAGCUGAUACAACCACUGAAGAAUCUACACCAGAUUUUUAUAUGGUGGCCCUGAAGGGAUAUCGCAAGUAG